AUGAUAGGUGUGAGGGCUAGUAGAUAUAGACACUUGGCUAUUCGAUCAAUUCAUACGCCUACAGUUCCAAAGUUAUAUUUAAACAACGUUGAAUUAUCAGGAAAUGAUCUAAGAAAUAUACCUACACAUGAACUAUUCACUAAAUUUGGAUUUAUACAUCAUCCAAAACCCGGGCUUGUUCAUUGGUUACCUGUGGGCCUAGCAAUAUCACAGAAGGUUUCACAAGUGAUUCAUCAUCGUAUGCGUGAAUGUGAUGCUGAGGAAAUAAAUUUGUCUUUAUUGUCUAGUUCACAAUUAUGGCAGGAAACGGGUAGAUGGGAUAAUACUGAACUUUUUAAGCUAAAGGACUCUUCGAAGAAUGACUUCUGUCUUGUUGCAACUUGCGAGGAAGAAAUAACAAAAUUGGUAAGCUCUAAUAUAAAUUCCUACAAGAACUUACCGUUAUUGUAUUAUCAGAUUAAUGAAAAGUUUAGAGAUGAGAAAAGACCAAGAAGUGGUUUAUUAAGAGGGAGAGAGUUCUUGAUGAAAGAUGCAUAUUCAUUUGAUUUGAACGAGGAAGCGGCGAUGGAAACUUAUAAUAAAGUCGUUGAUGCUUAUUAUGAAAUAUUUCAGGAUUUGAAAAUACCAUUUGUAAAGGCUGACGCUGAUACUGGAGAAAUUGGGGGCUCAUUAUCUCAUGAAUGGCAUUAUUUACACAAUGUUGGCGAGGAUACUUUAUUUACAUGCGAUGAGUGUGGUAACAGCUCGAACAUAGAGAAAACAUUAUCUUUUCCCGAAGAUGUUGAUGAAUCUAUCGAUGUGUCAGUACAGUACUUUAUGACUAAGGAUAAGGGAACGUUAGUGUGUGCUUAUUAUCCAACAGAAAGAAGUAUCGAACCAAGCUUUGUGAAAGAAGAGAUUCCAGAUUUGGACUUGAUUGAAACUAAUCAAGAUACAAUUUUGAAUGAAUUCUCGAACGAAGAUACAUUGAUAUCUAAGAAAAUCAUCCGGAUUAUGGAUUCGAGAUUAAAUCUGAGAUCGAACUUUCCAGACUUCCCUAUUAAGUUCAUAAAUAGAUCGUUAAUUACCACCUUAACGGAUAUUCCUAUUGUCACUGCAGUCGAGAACGAAAUAUGUGCCAAAUGUGAAGACGGUCAUUUAAAAUUACACAGAGCCAUUGAAGUGGGACAUACGUUCUAUUUGGGUGAUAAAUAUUCGGAUCCUUUGAAGUGUGAAGUUGAAGUUCCAAAUACAGAAGGAGGCCUGACAUUCACCAACGUACUUAUGGGAUGCUACGGAAUAGGAAUCAGUAGGAUAAUUGCGGCUAUAGGUGAAAUUAAUAAAGAUUCAAAUGGUUUCAGGUGGCCAUCUAUUAUCGCUCCUUGGAAUGUAACUGUCGUACAAAGUCCUAAGUUUGACAAUUCCAAGGGUUCUCUGGUUUACGAAUUAUUGAAUGCGGCCGGUAUUUCAUACAGACUUGACAACAGACCCAAGAUAGGCUUGGGAAAGAAGAUCAAACAAUCGCAUAUGGUAGGAAUCCCAUUGACGGUCAUACUUGGUAACCAAUUCCCUCUCGUUGAAAUCGAAAUCAGAGGUCGCAGAUACACCGAUGACUUACAGUGGAAACGCCUUUACGAAACCAGGGAUUUUGAAUGGGAAAUAGUGACCGAUGCCGAAGGAAACGAUAUCAAGCACUUGGUACACAUUGACGGCGUGGCUAGCGCUAUCAAUUCCUUAUUGAUAGAUAUGUAG